CCUCACCAAAUUAAUUUGUUGUUCAUCGGAUUUGCCGCACGUGUUUUUUUUCAAAUGUAAAAAAAAUAUUUUUUUUUGUUUUUUACAUGCGCCCGCACCCUAGAAAAAAAUGAAGUUAAAAUUUUGUGGUGCGCGACCUUUUUUGGACGGUACGGCGUGGGUUUUAGGCAUACCAAAAAGACAAAAUGGCGUCUGUGCCCCGUGUUGUAAUUGUAAAGUUAAAAGAUCGGAAAAUUGCCGUGCAAACAACCACAGAAGAUACUUUCAGUGACAUAUUUAUUAAAGCCAAACAUCUGGGUAACAUCAUUUCUGACGAAAAUGCUAUAAAAACUGUAAUGAUCUAUGAAAACCCAAGUAAAAUCGAACCCGACAAUGGGAUUUUAGUAGACAAAACUAUGAGUUGUCAGAUGUUGUCUGAUUUAAAUUACCGGUUCGUGGAUUUCAUUGUCGAUGAAGAAAAAGACGCUAACAACAAUGUUGACAAGUUUCCUGCCAAUGCAUUCAGCUUAAUGAUGUCAGAAAAAUUCUGUUUGCCAGAAAAACCAAAGUCAUCACAUGGAAAGUUGACAGGUCCUAAGAAGAUUCAGUCUGACCUCAUUGACUUGGCAGAAAAGCUUGGAUGCGGUUGGGCAAGGGACAGUUUGAUGUCUGGUGAAAGGGUGUUAAAAAAACUUACAGAUGCUCUGUGGUAUAUAGACCAUGCUCAUAAGAGAAUGAAAGACAAUAGUUGUCAAGUUCCAGAAAUUUUUGACAAGUUUCAAGGCUAUAAUGAGUAUGCCAAGUUACGUCAUAGGCCACCAGUUAUAAAGUCAGAGAAGUUGAAUGAAAUAUGCAGUGAUUUAGCUGAUGUACUACAAUUACCAUCAAUGAGUUCUAGUAGGAAUAAGGUACUGAAAAUGCAUAUAGAAAGCCUGGCGUCUGCUUUGGCCAAGUACAAUGCGAGACUGAAUUCAAAUAAGGAAUUGAAAACAAAGUCCAAUGCAGAUCCUGUUGCAGCUUCAAGUUUCUGUGAGAAAAAUGAAACUGCUUGCAGUUUUGUUCCUCCAAGUAAGAAAGUUGGUGACAAAUACAUAGAUCUUGAUGAAUAUCUAUCACAGCAUGAUGACUAUGAAUAUAUAGACCUAGAUUUAUUUUCCCCUUCAAACAGAUAUAAACGCAGAGAUUUUAUAAAGCAUCUUAAAUUAUCAAAACCUGUUAUGCUGUAUAGGGUUGCAUAUGGGGGGAGUGUAGGAACAGUUAACUUUAUUUGGUCAGUUCCCUAUGACACAUCCCAAACAAGGCUAGAGAAAAACAGCAGUGUUAUGAACAGCAUUAAUGAAGAGUUACCAAAGUUUUCAAAUAGACAAAUGCGCAGAGACUUCAUCAAUAGGUAUAUUGACUAUGUUAAGUGUCCCAAGUCUGUUCUGCGUAACAUGUAUUUUGAUUUGACAGGUUGUGAACCAACCGCUGAAAGUUCUCACCAGAGACAUGUAAAUGAUCGUGUAUCUGAAAUAUUAAUGGGAAGUGAUGAUACCAAAUUACUUUUAGACUUGAGAUCUAUGAAUGGCAGUGAUACCAAAUACGAUGAAUUUUAUGAUGCUGUUGGAAACUAUUUCGAGGAACAGAUCCUUCAUGUUCACGAAAGAAGGAAAGCACAAGAGUUAUACCUUCCAUUGAGUAUUUCAAUAGAGGACCUUAGGGAACAGGUAAAGAAACGUUUACCAGAAGGGACGUCUGUACCAAGUACUGAAGCUCUUCGUUUACAAUUCACGCCAUCAAACCAGUUUGCUGAAACUGCCCUGAGAUUUACAUCGCGCUUUAAUGUUAAGUUUCGUGUGCAGACAAGACUGGCAAGAGUGUCUCAUCCAGAUGCCCAUUAUGUGGCGGCAUAUUAUAAGUACCUCAAACAUUUUUGUGUAAUGUUUAAAGAGUAUACUCAUUUUGUUUGUCUUGAUGAUAAAUCAAUAGUGCCUGUAGGUGAACCUGGCAUACCAAUUUCCACUGGAGUAAGGGGUCACAACAAGGUCAUGACACCCAGUACCGGUCCAAAACUUGUGGCUGCUGAUCAUGAUUUUCAUGUUGCAGGAAUCGUUCCAUCAGUUGCUCUUGUAACAGACAUCCCUGAUUGUGCUGACGACAGUUUCUUUCAAGGAAAUGUUUAUGUUACAUGCAAAGAUAAAGUAUUUCAGGCAUCAACUCCAUUCAGACAUUGUACAGAGUUAGUUCAUAUUUUCAGGGAAAAUCACUCGCUGAAUGAAGUAGACUUAGAUAGACCAAUACUAUGUAUUUUCACUGAUGGUGGGCCAGAUCACCGCUUGACAUAUGAGUCGGUCAAAGUAUCACUCUUAGCCAUGUUUCUUGCUCUUGAUUUAGACUUUUUAAUUGCACUACGUACAGCCCCUAACCACAGUUGGAUGAACCCUGCGGAACGCUGCAUGAGUAUACUUAAUUUAGCUUUACAACAUGUCUCACUAUGCCGAGAGGAAAUGAAUGAACAGUCUGAAAAAUCGUUAAAAGGAAAGUCAUCGCUUGGUGCUCUCAGAAAUCUUGCGGAUAUUAAACCAGGAUUUAAAGAGGCUUUCAAAGGGAGCAUUGGUCCGGUCAUUAAAACAGUCAGUGACCGUUUCUCUAGAAUGAAACUUAAAGGUACUAGUCUAAAGGUGUGUGCUGCAGCUUCUGAUGAGGACAUCGAGUCUGAUCUGGAUUUUUUGAAACUUGUCACAUCUUCUCCUGGUGCUUCAUUUGAUUCUAGCAGUAAGAGUAAAGACUUCAAGACUUGUAUCCCACUUCAGGAGUUUCUCAAAUCACACUCUGUGUCGGGUCACUACAGCUUUCAAGUUAUGAAGUGCAAGAGUACAAGCUGCGCCUACUGUACUUUUAAUCCAAUCCGUGAGGAGGAAGUUUACAACAGGUUGUCCUUCCUUCCAGAACCUACACCAGAUGUGAGUGGAGAACAUUAUCUUCCAUUCGAAGAGGUGUAUGGAAAGAGUCAAACUUUGGACAAAUAUCGUCCCUCGGCUAAACAUGGAGAUUUUGAGGAUGACUUGAUUGAGGAAGACAAGAAAAACAGAGACAUUUUGAAGGCCCAAAAGGUGAGAGAUGUGAUCAAAUGUGGUGAAUGUAACAAGCCUAGACUGGUGUACAGCAGCUCCAGGACAGAGAGAGCUCAGGAUGCUUAUCUGCAUAGAGUGAAAGAGGAUCGGUUAUACAUCUGUGGGGACCAGCUAGAGGAAAACUGUGGACUUUUCAUGCAGAGGACCAUAAAUUGUAAUUCAGACAUCUCAAUAUCCUAUUACAGCCCAAAUUGCAGUAGAUGGACAGUGGCAGUUUGUUGCUACUGCGGAAGCCCGGAUAAUAUCAUGGACGACAAUGAACCAUAUAUUCAGGACCUCUAUACAAAGUACAGUAAAGUUAGGCCGUUAUGCCACCCUUGUCGUACUGCAGGCAAAGAUGCGAAAACAUGGGGACAAAAAUUCAUAAAAAAACGGAAAUAAACUGUCGAACUAUAUUGCCACCUUUUUCGUACUGCCGGCAAAGAUGUGAAAACAUUGGGACAAAAAUUCAUAAACAAAAUACGGAAAUAAACUGUCGAACUAUAUAAAGGAAAUAACAUUCAAGAGUGUUUUGGAAGAAUAAGUUGAGCUAUCCUACUCACCAUGUCGUCAUUGUCACACCUUGGUUAAGUUUUUCAUACCAGUCCACAUUUUGACAAAACCUUUUGAGAUGCAGCUUUAUAACUGUCAACACUUGUGUACAAUCACCAUGUCCAGUUUAAGACAAGAGUUCAUAGUCCAUCAAAGGUUUUGCCUGAGUUAUGGCCCCUUUUAACUUACAAGUUUUGGUUUUGUACCAGAUCAUAUUAAGUGUUUGACAUAUGGCUUUGAAACUUUGGUCACUUGUUUAUUAUAACAAUGUCAAUUGGUAGGCAAGAGUAUAUAACUCUUUCAAUUAAUUUGGCUGAAUUAUGCCCCUAUUUGUACUUAGAAAUCAGUUGAUUUUUUCAUACCAGUCCAUACUUUGCCUUACAUAUUUGUCAUAUGGCUUUGAAACUUUUAAGACUUGUUGACCAUAAUUUUCUACAUAUGUAGACAAAACUACCUAACUACGACAAAGCCCAUAACGUAGAAUAUACUUUACAUACCAUUCCAUAUUUUGUCUAAACUGUUUGAUAUAUAUAGCUUUAAAACUUUUAACACUUGCUUACCAUCAUGGUCACACACUGUGAUAUAGUGCAAGAAUUGUUUUUUUUGUCUGAACAUUGGUUAUAUUUUGACCCCAUACUUCCAUCAAUUCUUUAAGCAUUCUGUCAACAGACAAAUCUUGUAUGUUUUAUCAUUAGAUGAAAGUAUUAUAGCCCAUACAUUUGUUUAAGGUUGUGCCAUUGUAUUUUACAUUUACUUAUAUGCUAGUCAAAUUAUUUUAAAGUUACAAGUCUGUAUGUUUAAGGUUGUGUCAUUGUAUUUUAAAUAAGUCCCCUGAAUUAUUCUAGUCAUAUGUUGUAAUCAUUUUGUAAUACUGUGAAGUACAUGUAUUAACUUUUCA